GUUCUUCAUGUAUGCUUGACAAGCAUUCUACUCACACACACACACAUCAUUUCAAGCAAGUCAGCAAUGAAAAACAUGGCGCUGCGCCAACUGUCAAAUACCAAAAAAGCCGUACACAUUUGUAAUCGUUUUCUAUCUAAACGCAGUGCAAAUAACUUUCUGUGUGAAAUUUUGAUUAUUAUUAAUUUAAAUAAUAAUAAAUUAUUAAAAAAUAAAUAAAAGCAGAGUAAAAUGUCUAUUGGUGUACCUAUAAAAGUUCUGCAUGAAGCAGAAGGUCACAUAAUCACAUGUGAAACAAUUACUGGGGAAGUCUAUCGAGGAAAACUUAUUGAAGCCGAGGAUAAUAUGAAUUGCCAAAUGACACAAAUUAGCGUAACAUAUCGAGAUGGUCAUACAGCGCAUCUGGAAAAUGUCUACAUACGAGGCUCCAAAAUACGUUUUCUGAUUUUGCCAGACAUGCUGAAAAACGCUCCAAUGUUUAAAAAGCAAACAGGCAAAGGUCUAGGCGGCACAGCUGGCAGAGGAAAGGCGGCUAUAUUGCGAGCACAAGCCCGUGGACGUGGUCGUGGUGGCCCACCAGGAGGUGGACGAGGAGGUCCGCCUGGUGCUCCAGGUGGUGGCCGUGGGGCUUGGCAAGGGGGCCCAACUGGCGGCCGUGGCCGUGGUGGACUGUAAAAGUCAAAUGGAAAAUUUCAUGGGAUGUUCUUUUAUAUGGAUUUAUAUUUUAAAUUUAAAUUGUUCCUUAGCUAUUAAGUAACUGGUAUUUUUUUUCAAUUCACAGUACCACCAUAAUUUAUUUUAAACCUGGAAAUAGCGUUAAAAAAAUAUUCUAUGACUUAAUGUAAAUGAUCAACAAAUAUUAAGUAUAUAGCAGUGAAUUCGCAUUAUAAUAAAACAUUUAUGAUUAGACCAAAAAUUA